AUGACACUCACCCUUGUCGCUUUUAUAAACUCAAAGAAAAUAGAAAUGCUUUGGGAAAUGAUGGUACCUUUCAAGUACAGACACUUCAUAGAAGACCUUAAAGAUCUGGGGAAGUACUCAUGGCUCGAGACAAUGAUGCUUGAGAGGGUCUGCUUGAGUUAUGUACACAAGCGAGGUGGCAGCUCAGGUUCUGUUUGGAAUGCUCUUGUUUGUGCAUCUUCCCAAAUUGGAUACAUGCCUGAGCAGAGUGAAACUGUGGAUGAUUAUGAGUAUAAAGAGCUUUCUGAGGGACAACAUAUAUGCCCAGAGAGGCAUGCGAACAUAUUUGACAAAGAAGAGAAAAGAGUAGUCAUGGAAGAAGGAAAAGAGUCGUCGUCGUCGUCAAGCGUUUACAAAAACCCAGACGCGCCAGUGGAGGCGCGUGUACAAGACCUUCUCUCUCGGAUGACUCUGCAGGAGAAGAUCGGCCAGAUGACUCAGAUCGAACGAAUCGUCACUACUCAUCCCGUCAUUACAAACUUCUUCAUCGGUAGUGUAUUGAACGGCGGAGGAAGUUGGCCGUUCGAGGACGCUAAGUCGUCGGAUUGGGCGGAUAUGAUCGACGGCUACCAAAACGCAGCGUUAGCGUCGCGUUUGGGAAUCCCGAUAAUCUACGGCAUUGACGCCGUCCACGGCAACAACAACGUCUACGGAGCCACCAUCUUCCCCCACAACAUCGGACUCGGAGCCACCAGAGACGCAGAGUUGAUAAGAAGAAUUGGGGCUGCAACAGCGCUUGAAGUAAGGGCCAUUGGCGCUCACUGGGCGUUUGCUCCAUGCGUGGCCGCUUUGAGAGAUCCGAGAUGGGGGAGAUCGUAUGAGUGUUACAGUGAAGAUGCUGAGAUUAUAUGUGAGCUUACAACGCUUGUCUCGGGCCUUCAAGGCCAACCACCCAAAGAACACACUAAUGGCUACCCUUUUCUUGCGGGAAGAAACAAUGUGGUCGCGUGUGCCAAGCACUUUGUUGGAGAUGGUGGUACUGACAGGGGCACAAACGAAGGGAACACUCUUGUGUCAUACGAGGACUUGGAGAGAUUACAUCUUGCUCCGUAUCUGAAUUGUCUUGCUCAGGGAGUCUCUACUGUUAUGGCUUCUUACUCCAGUUGGAAUGGAAGUAAACUCCACUCUGACUAUUUCCUCUUGACUGAACUUCUCAAACAGAAACUCGGUUUCAAGGGAUUUGUCAUUUCAGACUGGGAAGCUUUGGACCGGCUUAGCGAGCCAAAGAGUUCAAACUAUCGCAACUGCGUCAAAAUGUCAGUUAAUGCUGGAAUCGACAUGGUGAUGUUGCCUUUCGAGUACGAACAGUUCAUAAAAGAUCUCACAGAUCUGGUGGAGGCAGGGGAAGUACCUAUGGCUCGGAUUGAUGACGCUGUUGAAAGAAUACUCAGAGUGAAGUUUGUCGCUGGUCUUUUCGAACAUCCUCUCACAGACCGGUCUUUGUUGAGUACUGUUGGCUGCAAGGAACAUAGAGAAUUGGGGCGUGAAGCUGUUAGAAAGUCUUUAGUUCUGCUCAAGAACGGCAAAAACGUUGAUAAACCGUUUCUGCCAUUAGAUCGCAGUGCCAAGAGGAUUCUAGUUACUGGAACUCACGCGGAUGAUCUUGGAUACCAGUGCGGAGGAUGGACAAAGGCAUGGUUCGGUCUAAGCGGCAGGAUCACAAUCGGCACCACGCUUUUGGACGCCAUAAAAGCAGCAGUUGGAGACGAAACCGAAGUGAUAUUCGAGAAGACUCCUUCGGAGGAAACCUUAGCCUCGAGUGAAGAAUUCGCUUACGCCAUUGUUGCGGUGGGAGAAGGGCCUUAUGCAGAGACGCUGGGGGAUGACUCGGAACUCAUAAUACCUUUUAACGGUAGCGACAUUGUAACCGCGGUUGCGGAGAAAAUCCCGACUCUAGCGAUCUUGUUCUCAGGACGGCCUAUGGUUCUUGAGCCGACGGUUCUUGAAAAGACUGAGGCUCUGGUCGCUGCUUGGCUGCCUGGAAGCGAAGGGCAAGGAAUGGCUGAUGUUAUAUUUGGAGAUUAUGACUUCGAAGGCAAGUUACCAGUGAGCUGGUUCAAACGCGUUGAACAGUUGCCGCUAAACGCUGAUGCAGAUUCGUAUGAUCCAUUGUUUCCUCUUGGGUUCGGUCUCAAUUGCAGUGCCGGCGGGAAUUUAAACACGUGGCGAAAGAUAAAGAGAAGUGAAGUGGCUGGGACUUGUGAGGAAAAGACGAAGAAAGAAUAUGGCAGAGACAGAGGAGUCGUCAUGCGUUUACAAGAACCCACACGCGCCGGUGGAGGCGCGUGUGCAAGACCUUCUCUCUCGCAUGACUCUGCCGGAAAAAAUCGGUCAGAUGACUCAGAUCGAACGCACCGUCGCUUCUCCUCGAGUCAUUACAGAUUCUUUCAUCGUGUACAGAGCGGCGCCGGGAGUUGGCCGUUCGAAGACGCGGAGUCGUCGGAUUGGGCUGAUAUGAUCGACGGCUUUCAGCGUUCUGCGUUAGCGUCGCGUUUGGGAAUCCCAAUAAUCUACGGCACAGACGCUGUUCACGGCAACAACAACGUCUAUGGUGCCACCGUCUUCCCCCACAACAUUGGCCUCGGCGCCACCCGAGACGCAGAGUUGAUCAGAAGAAUCGGAGCUGCAACAGCAAUUGAAGUAAGGGCUAGUGGCAUUCACUGGACGUUUGCUCCCUGCGUGGCCGUUUUGGGAGAUCCAAGGUGGGGACGAUGCUAUGAAAGCUAUGGUGAAGAUGCUAAAACUGUUUGUGAGAUGAGUUCGAUUAUCUCAGGCUUACAAGGAAACCCACCCAAAGAACACCCUAAGGCUUACCCAUUUCUUGCAGGAAGAAACAACCUGGUCGCUUGUGCAAAACACUUUGUUGGAGACGGUGGUACUGAUAAAGGUUUAAGCGAAGGGCACACCAUUGCUUCAUACGAAGAACUGGAGAGGAUUCAUAUGGCUCCUUAUCUGAACUGUAUAUCUCAGGGAGUUUGUACUGUUAUGGCUUCUUUCUCUAGUUGGAAUGGAAGUAGACUCCACUCUGACUAUUUCCUCUUAACGGAAGUUCUCAAAGAUAAACUCGGUUUCAAGGGAUUUCUGGUUUCGGACUGGGAUGGUUUGGAGACGAUUAGCGAGCCACAAGGUUCAAACUACCGUAACUGCGUGAAGCUAUCGAUCAAUGCCGGAAUCGACAUGAUGAUGGUACCUUUCAAGUACAGACAGUUCAUAGAAGAUCUUACUGAUCUGGUUGAGUCAGGGGAAGUAUCAAUGGCUCGUGUUGAUGGUGCCGUUGAAAGAAUACUCAGAGUGAAGUUUGUAGCUGGUCUCUUCGAACAUCCUCUCACGGACCGAUCUUUGUUGCCUACUGUUGGCUGCAAGGAACAUAGAGAAGUGGCGCGUGAAGCGGUUAGAAAGUCGUUAGUGUUGCUGAAGAACGGUAAAGAUUCUGGUAAGCCGUUUCUGCCGUUAGAUCGUAUGGCCAAGAGGGUUCUUGUGGUUGGAACGCACGCAAACGAUCUUGGGAAUCAGUGUGGAGGGUGGACAAAGACAAAAUCCGGUCAAAGCGGCGGGAUCACGAUUGGCACGACGCUUUUAGAUGCUAUAAAAGCAGUAGUUGGAGACAAAACCGAAGUGGUUUAUCAGAAAACUCCAUCAAAGGAAACUUUAGCUUCGUGUGAACGCUUCUCUUACGCCAUUGUUGCAGUUGGUGAACCUCCCUAUGCAGAGAUGAAGGGAGAUAACUCGGAGCUUACAAUACCUUUUAACGGUUGCGACAUUGUAACCGCGGUUGCUGAGAAGAUCACGACUCUGGUUAUCUUGUUCUCAGGACGGCCUAUGGUUCUUGAGGCGGCGGUUCUUGAAAAGACUGAGGCUUUGGUCGCUGCUUGGUUCCCUGGGAGUGAAGGGCAAGGGAUUGCUGACGUCAUUUUCGGGGAUUAUGACUUCGAGGGGAAGUUACCGGUGAGCUGGUUCAAACGCGUUGAGCAGUUGCCGCUGAAAGCUGAUACCGGAAAGGAAUCGUCAUGCGUUUACCAGAACCCACACGCGCCGGUGGAGGCGCGUGUGAAGGACCUUCUCUCUCGCAUGACUCUGCCGGAGAAGAUUGGCCAGAUGACUCAGAUCGAACGCACCGUCGCUUCUCCAGCCGCCAUUACAGAUUUCUUCAUCGGAAGUAUACUAAACUCCGGCGGGAGUGCGCCUUUCAAGGACGCGAAGUCCUCGGAUUGGGCUGAUAUGAUCGAUGGCUUUCAGCGAUCAGCGUUAGCGUCGCGUUUGGGGAUUCCGAUGAUCUACGGCACAGACGCUGUCCACGGCAACAACAACGUCUUCGGCGCCACCGUCUUCCCCCACAACAUCGGCCUCGGAGCCACCAGAGAUGCGGAUUUGGUGAGAAGAAUCGGCGCUGCAACAGCUCUUGAAGUAAGAGCGUGCGGUGCUCACUGGGCGUUUGCUCCCUGCGUGGCCGUAUUGGGAGAUCCGAGAUGGGGACGAAGCUAUGAGUGUUAUGGAGAAGACGCUGGACUUGUCUGUGAGAUGACUUCGCUUGUGACAGGACUACAAGGCGAGCCACCUGAAGAACACCCAAAUGGUUACCCUUUUGUUGCUGGAAGCAACAACGUCGUCGCGUGCGCUAAACACUUUGUUGGAGAUGGUGGUACAGACAAAGGCAUAAACGAAGGGAACACCAUUGCGUCAUAUCAAGACUUGGAGAAGAUACACAUUCCUCCAUAUCUUAAGUGUCUUGCUCAGGGAGUCUCCACGGUUAUGGCGUCUUACUCCAGUUGGGACGGAAGUAGACUUCACGCCAAUUAUUUCCUCUUAACAGAAGUUCUCAAGGAAAAACUCGGUUUUAAGGGAUUUAUAGUUUCCGACUGGGAAGGUUUGGACCGUCUUAGUGAGCCUAUGGGAUCAAACUACCGCAGCUGCGUUAAAACUGCGAUUAAUGCUGGAAUUGACAUGGUGAUGGUACCAUUUAACUACGAACUGUUCAUAAGAGACAUGAUAAAUCUGGUGGAGUCAGGGGAAAUACCAUUGGCUCGGGUCAACGAUGCUGUUGAAAGAAUUCUCAGAGUGAAGUUUAUCGCUGGCCUCUUCGAACAUCCUCUGUCUGACAGAUCUUUGUUGGGAACUGUUGGCUGCAAGAAACAUAGAGAACUCGGGCGUGAAGCAGUUAGAAAGUCGCUAGUUCUGCUAAAGAAUGGGGAAACUGCUGAUAAACCGUUUCUGCCACUAGAUCGCAACGCCAAGAGAAUUCUAGAAACCUUAGAAUCAAGUGAAGGAUUCUCUUACGCCAUUGUUGCAGUUGGAGAAUCGCCAUAUGCAGAGACUAUCGGCGACAACACGGAACUCGUAAUACCGUUUAAGGGUAGCGACAUUGUAACUGCGGUUGCCGAGAGAAUCCCGACUCUGAUGAUCUUGAUCUCAGGACGACCUGUGGUUCUUGAGCCGGCGGUUCUUGAAAAGACGGAGGCUCUAGUAGCUGCUUGGCUGCCUGGAACAGAAGGACAAGGAAUGGCUGACGUCAUUUUUGGAGAUUAUGACUUCGAGGGGAAGUUACCAGUGAGCUGGUUCAAAACCCUUGAGCAUUUGCCACUUAACGCUAAUGCCAAUUCGUAUGACCCAUUGUUCCCUGUUGGUUUCGGUCUCAAUUCAAAACCGGUGUAA